GUCUACAGUCAGUAAGAAGCAGUUCUGGGUGGAGCGUGUGCAGUGUUCAGGCUCAGAGGUGUCUCUGGCUCAGUGUCGGGCUCUGCUGUCUGUGUCGCGCAGUGAUGAUGUCCCCUGUGCUGGAGGCAUGCAUGCGGUGGUGCGCUGCGUUCCUGGAGCUCAGUUCGACACAGACUCCGCCUCCAGACGCCCCAUCAGCGCGGCGGUGCGUCUGAAGGCAGGUGCGCGGGUGGGCGAGGGCCGUGUGGAGGUGCUGCGUGAGGGUAAAUGGGGGACGGUGUGUGACCGGCGCUGGGAUCUCUCCGCGGCCAGUGUGGUGUGCAGAGAGCUGGGCUUCGGCUCCGCCAGAGACGCCCCACGAGGAGCACUCAUGGGUCAAGGUACGGGCCCCAUCCACAUGGAUGAAGUGCAGUGUUCUGGUCAGGAGAGCUCCAUCACUGAGUGCCGCUUCCAGGACGUUCCGCUGUACAGCUGCAGACACACACAGGACGCGUCUGUGCGCUGCAACGUGCCAAACACUGGCCUGAGCAGCACUGUGCGUCUGGCAGGGGGUCGGGAGUCAGCGGAGGGCCGGGUGGAGGUGCUGAUGGAGGUGGGGGGGCAGCAGAGAUGGGGCUCGGUCUGCAGUGAGAACUGGAACAUCAAUGAGGCCAUGGUGGUGUGCAGACAGCUCGGCUUCGGCUUCGCUUCCAGAGCUCAUCAGGAGACGUGGUUCUGGCCCAGCAGCUCAGGCUCAGAGGAGGUUCUGCUGAGCGGGACUCACUGUGUCGGGUCUGAGCUCUCUGUACAGCAGUGCCGCAGAAACACACAGGUGUACUGUCCUCGAGGGGGCGGAGCUAGAGCGGCCGGCGUCACCUGUGUGGACGUGGCUCCGGAUCUGGUGGUGGAUGCGCAGCUGGUGCAGGAGUCCGCGUAUGUGGAGGAUCGGCCGCUGCACCUGCUGACCUGCGCUCAUGAGGAGAACUGCCUGUCCUCGUCUGCGGCGCGGAUCGACUGGAGAAACAGACACACACUCGCGUACACACACCGCCGCCUGCUGCGCUUCAGCUCGCGCAUCAUGAACCUCGGACGCGCCGACUUCAGGCCCAGAGCCACACGAGAGUCCUGGACCUGGCACCAGUGCCACAGGAACGGCACGAGGGUCGCAGAAGGUCACAAGGCCAGCUUCUGUCUGGAGGACACGUACUGCCCUGAAGGUCUGACCAAGCGCUACGCCUGCUACAACAUGGGUGAUCAGGGCAUCACAGUGGGCUGCUGGGAUACGUACAGACACGACAUUGACUGCCAGUGGGUGGACAUCACUGACGUCAGGCCCGGGAACUACAUCUUCCAGGUGGAGGUGAACCCGUCUCUGGAUAUGGCGGAGUCUGAUUUCCAGAAUAAUGUGAUGCGCUGCAGAUGUCGGUACGAUGGUGGACGAGUCUAUCUGUACAGCUGCCACACAGGUGACGCCUACAGUGCAGCAGCAGAGGACCUGUUUGAACACCGGCAGGAGAUCACUAACAACUUCCUGUGACGACGGCAGCGAUGGACUGCAGACUCAUCACCAAUCUCUAACAGCUCGCGAGGUGGUGGGGGGUGGAGUCUAUGAUUGACAGGGGAGUGGGUGGGGCUAAAGUGAUGAUUGACAGGCAGGGGUCGUUUACACUCAGCCACGUGUUCAUUUCAGCCAGUGUUGAUGAAGAUGCUGAGUGAGGAUCAGUCCAGAUGAAGGAUUUUCACAGAUCACAGGUCCGCUCGGCAUCUUUAUAUAGUUUAGUGUUUAUCACCAAUUCAACAUUCAGAGGGGGAAAGUCCACUAAAACAGUAAACAUUAGUCACCAAUUGUGUUCAGGAUGCAGCAAUCUGAAGUAAACUUACAAAAAAAAUGGUCUCAGAGGUGUGCUUCUUGUGUUGAUCAGUUUCCUAAUGCGCAGGUUUAUUUGAGGGAUCUUUCAGGAUGUUCAUGUGUUGGUUCUGUUGGGGAGAACUUUAUUAUAUUGUUUCUCUGUAGGUCAACUGCUGAAUCAGGGUUAAUUUCUGCCAAUAAAAUCAUGAAUAAAAAUCAGAUUUUGAGGAGGGUGAGAUUGAGAACCGCUGCUGCAGGUUAGUCAACAUGAUGAACACUCACCUGUUCUCUGUGAAUCGAACUCAACCCUUCCCUGAACACCAAGCAGCCUUUCCUGUGACGUAUAAAGAUCCUUUAUUUCUGUGGCCAGUGGUGCUAACUGUAGGGCUCAUUCAGUCGUCAGCAUUAUGACACUAUUAUUAUUAUUAUUAUGGGAGUGUAAUGUGAUGUCUGCUCGCUGUUGUAUUGGCAUGUACAGGUUGUUAUGGUUAUGAUCUCUGGUUUGUCUGUAUUUCUGAUGUCCUGACCUCAGUUUUUUAAUGUUAUUGGAAACGUGCUCUCUAUGAAGAGAAACAGACGCUCCGCUUUACAGAUGUGCUUCAAUACUUGAAAAAUAAACUUCUCAUGUCUAAUCUGA